CCCGCCCCCUAGCGCGGAGUCACGGUGACCCGCAGCCUGACUUCCGCUUCCGGCGGCAGCUUCCGGCAGCGUGACCUGAGGGCGAGAGGCCAGUGGAGUGCGGGAGCUGAAGGAGUCUUCGCAGACGGCCGGGACAGUGUUAGGAACCUCGGAAGCACAACCAACAUGUGUAACAUUGAAGAAGCCACUAACCAACUCCUAGAUGUGAACCUUCAUGAGAACCAGAGGUCUGUACAAGUGACAAAAAGUGACCUCACAAGUGAAUCUGAGCUUCUAGUCACUGUUGGUGCCACUGUACCUACUGGCUUUGAACAAACAGCUGCAGAUGAAGUGAGAGAGAAACUUGGGUCACCAUGCAAAAUCAGCAGAGAUCGCGGCAAGAUAUAUUUUGUCAUUUCACUGGAAAGUCUGGCACAGGUUCAUUGUCUGAGAUCAGUUGAUAACUUAUUUGUGGUGGUUCAGGAGUUCCAAGAUUACCAGUUCAAAAAAACAAAGGAAGAAGUUCUAAAGGAUUUUGAAGACUUGGCUGGAAAACUUUCAUGGUCAAACCCCUUAAAAGUGUGGAAAAUUAAUGACAGUUUUAAAAAGAAAAAAGCAAAGCGCAAAAAGAUAAAUCAGAAUUCAAGUAAAGGGAAGAUUAAUUAUGGACAAGAAGUCAAAAUCGAUCAGAGAAAUGAUAAAAGAGACUUCACUAGCCAUGCUUCAGAUUCUCAUAUCUUAGAUUAUUAUGAAAAUCCAGCCAUCGGAGAGGAGGUAUCAACAUUAGUAGGUGAUGAUUUGGCAUCUUGCAAAGAUGAGACUGAUGAAAGCUCAAAAGAAGAAACUGAACCUCAAGUGCUAAAGUUUAGAGUCACAUGCAACAGGGCAGGAGAAAAACACUGCUUUACCUCAAAUGAGGCUGCAAGAGAUUUUGGGGGUGCUGUUCAAGAUUAUUUUAAGUGGAAGGCCGACAUGACCAACUUUGAUGUGGAGGUUCUUCUGAACAUCCAUGAUAAUGAAGUCAUUGUGGGGAUUGCAUUGACUGAAGAGAGUCUCCACCGAAGAAAUAUCACACAUUUUGGACCUACAACUCUUAGAUCAACUCUUGCCUAUGGGAUGCUCAGGCUCUGUGAUCCUCUGCCUUAUGAUAUAAUAGUCGAUCCAAUGUGUGGAACAGGGGCAAUACCAAUAGAGGGCGCUACUGAAUGGUCCGACUGUUUCCACAUUGCUGGUGAUAAUAACCCACUGGCUGUGAAUAGGGUAGCAAAUAACAUCGCAUCUUUAUUGACCAAGAGCCAAAUUAAAGAAGGCACCUUUCCUUUGUCCCCACAGCAAACCAUCCUGGGGCUUGCCCAUAGAUGCUGUUCAAUGGGAUAUCUGCAAUCUGCCAUUGAGAACUGGCUCUGUGGAUAUUAUUGUAACAGAUUUGCCAUUUGGAAAAAGGAUAGGAUCCAAGAAAAGAAACUGGAACCUUUAUCCGGCUUGCCUACGGGAGAUGAGCCGUGUCUGCACACCUACCACAGGCCGAGCUGUACUACUUACUCAAGACACAAAGUGCUUUACCAAGGCAUUAUCUGGAAUGCGACAUGUAUGGCGAAAGGUGGAUACAGUCUGGGUGAACGUUGGUGGUCUUCGUGCUGCAGUUUAUGUUCUGUUACGUACACCUGAAGCUUUUGUUCAUCCUUCAGAACAAGAUGGAGAAAGAGGAACUCUUUGGUAAUGCAAAGAAUGAAGAUGACUAAUAGUACUUGUACUUCCCACCACUGGAAAUGUUAGCGUAAAGAACUUGGAGAGAAAAAUAGUAUUAACAAAAGUGCAGUCUGCACUCUUUAAACCUGUUCAAGGCUCUUCGUCCUGGUUAGCAAAAGGUGUGAAUGUAAUGUGAUGGAAUUGAAAAGUUUUAUGUGGCCAGGCAGUGACUCACGCCUGUAAUCCCGGCACUUUGGGAGGCCGGGGUAGGUGCAUCACCUGAGCUUGAGUUCGAGACCAGCCUGGACAACAUUGUGAAACCCCGUCUUUACUAAAAAUACAAAAAUUAACCAGAUGUGGUUGGCAGGCCCCUGUAAUCCCAGCUACUCACGAGACUGCCCGGAGGCAGAAGUUGCAGUGAGUCAAGAUCACUCUGACAAGAGCAAAACUCCGUCUGAAAAGUUUUGUAAGAAAGCACAGCCUCUCCUUGAAGCUCUUUUGAAAUGAUACCUUAAUUUUGCUUAAAAUAUUUUAUAAAGAUGCUUAGUGAAAAGCCCACAAAAGUGCUCUGUGAUUGGGGUUUAGAACAUUUUAUUUUCAGGCUUUAUCACCUAUUUUCCAUUGUCAAGUACAAAACUACCCUGGCCCAAAGCAAAGGCAAAGAACAUAAUCACAUCUUAGGCCACAUUUCUCUGCCUUUGCAGCUUUGCUAAUCCAGUUGCUCAAGUUCUUUACUUCAAACUCAAGAAAUGAAGCAUUAUUACAUUUUGUGAAUGGUAUUCAGCCUCUAGGACAAAAUCUCCUAAGACCUAUAGGAAAGUUUACCAUCUGCCUUAAAGUAUCCAUUUAUUAUUCAGAUUAAUACAUAGAACUAAAAUAGAGGUCUAGGAAUUAUCAAAAGGACUGCAAAAAUACCAUUAGUAUAGAACAUUCUUACUUGUAAAUAACACAUACAUUGAUAGAUGGGGUAUGGGGCCAACAAACCAAAUUAAUUUUUUUUUUUUUUUCAGUAUACUAAGGUGUGUGUUGCUUUUCAAAACCAAACACAGCCUCUCGAAGUAUUUAUUUGUUGGCUAGUUUAUUAAACAGCCAAGAGGGAAAAAAAAUGAUCUUUGAAAAAUCUUUAAUUUGGGAGUUAUAUGAGUUUGUUAUUUUCUCCUGGAUCACUAUUCACAUUUAAUUGCUUUUCCAUUUGCAACAAGCCCUUGAGAGUUUUGUGGAAAAUGGUGCUUCCCUGGAACAAAGAGUAGUUGAGGUUUUAUGUGGAACUCAUCAUAGUAUUCAGUUGAUUUUGGAGCAUCUGGCUGCAUUCAGCAUAGAUUUUCAGUAUCCUAUUAGUCUUUUAAUACUUCUAUUCAUAAUACUUUUUGAUAUCUCCAUUUCAAAUAAAAGGACACAGUACUUUCUUCCUUUGAAAGCAGAAUUCACCUUAGCAGCACAGCCAGCAAUCCUUAUCCAGUUUCUCCAAUCUACCCUAUACUUCAUAAUGAAUUGAAGAUAAGAUGUUUAUGAAGGUUUUAUAUCCUACACUGGCCUUUUCAGCAUCAGAAUUCACACAGCUGCUGUAUUUAUGGGCUAAACACAAAACUUUUCACCCAAUGAAAGCAACCAUUUAAACCUCAAAUUAAGUAAGUAACCCACAGAAUCGUGAAGUUCAAGGACCAUGUCUGUUUUCACCACAUUUUUUUUUUUUUUUUUUUUUUAAACUAAAUGCCUGGUACCAUAUCUGCCAGAGUGGGCAUUUGUUGAACAAAUAUUUUGGCAUAUUAGCUUAGUUUUUGAGGAAAUAAAUUUUGCUUGACCUAUCAUAACUUUCUUCUAAAUACUACAAUAAAAGUUUUACAAGACUGAUACAAGUAUGUAGGGGGCAAUAGUUUGCCAUCUUCUUUCCUAGUAUAGUGUUUUGCAAUAUGGCAAUUAGAAUAGGCAAUGGGCUGCGGGCAGGAUUCAGAAGGUCUGGAGUUACAUGUGACACUGCUGCCUAUUCAUUGUGUGACCUUGGUUUUAACCUUCGAACUGUCUCUCCUGGACUAAAGGAAUGUGAAAAGAUGGGGAAAGGAAUCUGUAAUCUGAACAUGGAAUGACUGAGUUACAGACCAGACAUGUUGUUGGGAAUGAAAAAUAUAUUCAAGGGGAAAAAAUGUAAACAUUGAGAAAUAUUUUACAAAUCUAAUUGGGGGAGAUAGUUACCUCCCAAUACUAGAGUAUACCAGAGUGCUUAUAUAUAAGGUGAACAUUUGUUUACCCUUAUUUCUUUAAAAAAUGGGAGUUUAGGAAAUUCUGCCAUAACUGUAGGCCCAAUGUCAGAUAGGACUUAGGUUAAGUUGAAGACUGAAAAAGGAAAGAUUUGGAAAUAUCUUUGGACCCUCAAGUACAUUAAAGCCUAUAAGUCCUUCAUAUUCAUUAAUAAGAUAAGCAUAGAAAAAGAUAGCAAAAAGUAUCACAUUGCUUAUGAAAGUCUUCCCUAUCGCCCCUUAAUUCUUUUUGUCCUAGGCAAACAUGUUUGUCAAUGAGUUACAAUGGUGAAGUUGAGGAACUCUGCUUCCUGUCCUAGCAUGCCCAUUAUCCCAGCCAUUCAGUUUAAUAUAAAAAGUCACUUUAACUCCAUGAGGUCAUUCAACAGGUACUUAUUUAUGUGUGUUGUGCUAGAGUAGUCAUUUCUUAAACUUUGUGGCCUCAGUGAAUUCAUUCUAAAAAACUGAGGGCCCCAGAUCACUUUUUUUACCAUGUUAGAAACCUAAAUAUUAUAGUUACAAAUGCAUUAAUAUUUUAGUGUUGUAUUUUAAAAAAAAUAAUUAGGUGGGCCUGGCAUGGUGGCUCACACCUGGCACUUUGGGAGGCUGAGGCGGGCAGAUCACCUGAGGUCAGGAGUUGAAGACCACCCUGGCCAACAUGGUGAAACCUUGUCUCUAUUAAAAAUAAAAAAUUAGCCAGGCAUACUAGUGUAUGCCUGUAGUCACAGCUACGCGGGAGGCUGAGGUAGGAGAACUGCCUGAACCCAUGAGGCAGAGGUUGCAGUGAGCCAAGAUCAUGCCACUGCACUCCAGCCUGGGUGACACAGCAAGACUCUGCCUCAAAAAAAUAUAUAUCACAUUCAAUAUCACUAUCUCAUUAAGUAUUGGGAAGUGUCAAGUUCCUGAUACUAGGCACAAGUUUUCCCAAAAUUCUGAUUUUUGACUCAGAGUUUGAUUUUAUUAUUGAAAACAAUUGCUGCCAGUUGUUAGACUCCAAGGAAAUAAUAGAUAAUUCAGCUUGCAUAACCAUUUCAAAAAGUUAGGUACUCAAAGGUCUAAAUUUAACAAAAUGUCACUGCUUUCACAAGGACAUUUCAUGAGUGCAGCUGUUUUUUUUUUUCUUUUGUGGGGGUCCACACCACAAAUGCAUGGCAGUGAAGAAUAACUUAUAGUUUGAUGCCACCUCAGUUUCUGCCAAGGUGCCUGAAGUUUUACCUACUGUUGCCUUAUCACCAUUCUUACAAAUGUCAACAUACAGUUUAGGAUACACCAUGAGAUUUUAAAAAGUUAUUCCACACUUGCAUUACUUCAGGACGUGUUUCUUGCCAACACAUAAGAGUAUCCUUAGUUGAUGCUGAUACCUGGCAAAUAAAAGCCAAAUAACAAGUCCAGCCACGUUCACACACACAUCCAUUUAUAAAGUAUAAGCACAGUCAGUCCAUAGCCUCAGGUUCUCCAUCUGCAGAUUGAACCAAAUGUCCUUGAAAAUAUUUGAGAAAAAAUUAUAACAAUACAAAUAUAAAUAUGUAAUGUAACAACUAUUUACACAGCAUUUAUACUGUGUGAAAUAUUUAAAAAUCUGGAAAUGAUUUAAAGUAUAUGGGAAGAUGUGUAAAGUUGUAUGCAAACACAGUGCCAUUUUAUAUAAGG